UUGGUUUCCAUAGGAAGAGGUUGGUUUAACUAAACAGAUCUCAUCAAUUCGACUUGGGGUUUAUUGCUUAUCGUCUUCCAUUCAAUUGCUCCCAUCCCUUUUCCCAAUUCAUAGUCACUCUCAAGAUUUUCAGUGUGUGGGGUUAUCGUCAUGGAGAUACAGACGUGUGGUAAGCCGAUUGAUUCAUUGUUGGAGAAGGUGCUUUGUAUGAAUAUACUAUCCUCUGAUUAUUUCAAAGAGCUUUACCGAUUAAAGACUUACCAUGAAGUCAUCGAUGAAAUCUAUAAUCAAGUUGAUCAUGUUGAACCGUGGAUGACUGGGAACUGUCGAGGUCCUUCUACUGCAUUCUGCCUUCUUUACAAGUUUUUCACCAUGAAACUUACCGUCAAGCAAAUGCACGGGCUACUGAAGCACUCUGAUUCUCCUUACAUUAGAGCAAUUGGAUUCCUUUACUUGAGGUAUGCUGCCGAUCCGAAGACUUUAUGGACUUGGUUUGAACCAUACAUUAAAGAUGAAGAGGAAUUCUCUCCUGGGUCUAGUGGACGAAUGACCACCAUGGGGAUAUACGUGCGUGAUUUGCUUCUUGGACAGUACUACUUCGAUACUCUUUUCCCCCGAAUCCCUGUUCCUGUUUUGCGUCAGGUUGUAUCCCAUCUUGAGAAGAUGAAGCUGCCCACUAAAACAUCUGGUUCAACUGGGGAUAAUAGUCUUCAUGGAUCUGAUGACACCGCUCGCCGCCCACCUUCUGUAAAAGCUGCACUUUCAGUCUCUUUUGGUCAGCGAGCACCGCAUCGGGCAUCAACCAGGGACUCUUCUCCUGUGCGUCGCACUCUACCUCCACCUCCUUAUGAAAGGUCCAAUGGUGACGAUGUAAGAUCUCCCAGCCACCGUCGCAGCCAAAGCCGUGAUAGAGAAUAUUCUGACAAGGAUGGGGACUGGAAUCGCAAAACAGAUAGGGAUAGGGAAAGGGAGAGGGGCAGAGACCGAGACCGGGAUCAUGACCAUGAUAGGCAACGAGACAGAAGCAGGGACCGAGAUCAUGACCGUGAUCACAAUAGAGAAAGGGAGAGGGAACGAAGACAUGAUUAUGAUCGAAGAUCAAGGUACAUGGAUAAAAGGGACAUUGAUGACAGUAGGCGUUACAGGAGCAGAAGCCGAAGUCCUAGUUUGAGCGGAAACAGAAGCAGAAGUCAGAGUGAGAAAGGUGGAAACAGUCAUUAUGAACCACCACACAAGGAGGCAAGCAAGGCAUCCAGCAAUUUAGCAAAGCUGAAGGAUCUUUACGGUGAUACGAAGGGAGAUGGUGGCUAUGAAAGGGCAGCAAACAGGGACAGCAGUGGAGAAGAGGUGAUUAGACUAGGUGGUUCAUGGAGAUAG